CAACUCCACUAAGAAAGAGAACACAGAGGGCCAGCAGAACAGAACGGAAGAAAGAAGGAAGAAAAAAGCUCCAUUAAAUUUGCACAGAACACAUGCCAACUUUUGCUUUUUAUUACCCCAUUUCAUUUCUCUCUCCAAAAAAGGAGCUUGAUUCUCUCUGCUAUAAUUUAUUUAUUUUUUCCUCCCUCUUCCUUUUCCCCCUUUAUAAUUGUUUUUCUUUUCACAAAUCUUUAAUUUCCUUUUCCUUUUUCUUUUGUUGCCCCUGAAAAAUUGAGCUCCCCCCUUUUUUUGGGUUUUUGCUUUCUUCCCCCACUGUUCCUUCUUCCUCUCUCUCUGUUUUGUGUGAUGGGGGCAGUUUUAAUGGAGUGGCUGUACUACUGAUAAAUGGCUCAGCACAGUAUGCUAACCAAUGUCAACAGCGACUCCAACAAAGACUAUGUUUGUAAAAAUUCCACUGACCCACAUCCAAAAUUACCUGAUAAUCCUAUCUUCCAUGAUUUUUUAGGCAUGAAAAACCCUGAUACUACUCCUCUUGUUUUUGCUCCCCGGACGGCGGCGGAUUUACGCCCGUCGGAACCCUCUCCGGCUGCAUCCGCUUCCCGUGGACCCUCUUCAAGCGGUGGCCGUGGCCCCAUCUCUACUACCUCAGAUCUUGCUUCCGACCGACAGGUAGGGAGUCAUCUUGAAGGCGUUCCAUUUUAUGGUCCGAGGGGCGAUAUCUCUACGACAGAGAUCCAUAGUAGGAUUAUAGGAAGUAAGAGAAGCAUAUCGGAUUCUGCUUUUAUGGGAUCGUAUCGAGAUGGAGUUCCGCACAUGCCUUCCGAGUCACAUCAUAAUAGCUUGCAUCUAAUGAAGACAUUGCGAAAUGGAGCAGGCGGGGAGCGAAACCGAAGAUCCAUUGAUGAUGAAGUGACGCUUGGGAUGCAGCAUCCAAUGAGGCCGAACCCUGCAUCACUUAUUUUUCAAUCUCAUAUUGGAAGUGGCAGUAGACUUGAUGCUGAUGGUACCAAGUGGGAGAGAUCCACACUUGUGAACAUCGGUCCUUCUCCGGCAGUACAGUGCUCUCCCCGGGGGACGAUGGUGCCUUUUCCCCCCCAAUUACCUACAAACAGAUUCAGAGAUGCCAAUGUUAUUCCCCCAAAUAUAUCUCAAUCAGCUGCAGAUGAGGGAUCUCGAACUGGAAUUAAAGGUCCUGGAAUCUUGAGUUCGAGUCAUCCCGGUGGUGGAACCUCUGAACGAAACUCAUCAGUUUUGCUGAAGUCCGGGACUAAUAUUGUGGAGCAUGAAGCCUGUAUUCCUUCAAGUCGACGUGGUCUUACAUCUGCCAAUCGGCAGAUGACGAUAUUUUAUGGUGGCCAAGCUCAUGUCUUCGAUGACGUUCAUCCAAACAAGGUUCAUGUUCUAAAUUACAUGGUUUUGAGCACAUGUUUGUCCUUCUCUUACUAUCCAAAUGUUAUAAUGGCCUUAGCUGGAUCGAAUGGCGGAUCAUGGUCAACUAAUUAUGGAACAAAGUCAACUGCUAGGCCAAUCAACGAAAACCAAAUACCAAGUGGAGAACUCGAUAUUGGUAUGACAAGUAACACCACCUCGACAUUCGCCAAAGAAGCUCGUGGAAAGCUGUGUGUUGCUGGGAGUUCCGUCCCACUAGCUGGCUCUGUUGAGAGAAUCUCAACAACAUCAGCAGGAGCUCCUCAUGGCAGCAGUGGUAGUAAGGGUGGUAGAGACCAAGUUCAAGCCACUGAUUCCAAUAUGGAGAAGAAGAGAGAGGUGUAAUAUUAGUUCUCCAACUCAAUCAAAUGUUUCUGAAUCCAUGAAGGCACAGCUGUUUUAAGGAAUUCUCAAUGUGCUCGCCUGUAUUUUGGUACUAUUUAACUUCGAUUUUUAUUGUAUUUUCUUACCUUUUUUCCUUGGGGGGAUAAUUUUCUUGUUGAUGGGAUGUGGAGGUAUGAGAUUAUGGAUUGGAUUCCAGAUUAAAUGAAUGGUUUAUGCUUGAUGAGCAAUGGAAAUUAAUCCCCUUUCUUUUUAUA